UCGAUUCGUAAUUUUGUUCAGACUUACUAUAGAGACGCGCGCUUCGCGCUUUCUCUGGUCAGGAAGUUCGAGGCUACGGCUCAUGUGCUCGGUCGUAUCAGCCAUUAGACUUUUUGUAUCUUCUUGGAGACUGGCUGCGUCAUCCUCUCACUUGGAACUGACAGAAAAUGCUGGAAGAUCUGAAGUCUCUGUGCUAGCUACAGUCACUAAUCUGUGGCAAGAAUCGAAGGCUGUGAAAGGUCUUUCGCUGUCCAUUGAGAAUAGCAGCUUUACUUUCAAAUCAGGACAAUGGGUGGACGUCUUUAUUCCUGGAGUUGCUGUUGUUGGAGGGUUUUCAAUUACUUCUACCCCUCAAUUUCUACAAGAUCAUCAUCAGAUUCAGUUGGCUGUAAAAAGAAGUGACCAUCCACCAGCAGCAUGGAUACACAAUGAGGUAUGGGAGUGUUGUUGAUCUUUUUGCUCUUUCGUUUUUCUCUGUGCUCUGUCAUAUGUCGUUUGUACUUUCCUUUUCUCUCUACUGUCUGGUAUUGCUUUCUGCUUGUUCCUUUUCUGCUGUCCACUCUUUG